AUGCACCGCGCUUCUAUUACAUGCAUCUCCGAGGCUCAGGUUGCCCUGCUUUUCACACUGCGCCUGACACUUUACAUCACUCCGGUGCGAAGUGUUUCGCGAUCUUUCGCGGACGUGCGCAUGGAACGGAUGAUCGUGGCUUUCCACUCUGCCUGCAGCUUUGGGCUGCGAACGGGCGCCGUGGCCUGGGCUCGCGGGGCCUUCGGCUUCCUGGCUGUGCUGGCGGGGGCGGCAAAACCGAGAUUUGAUAGGGCUACGGCUGCGUUUGCGACGCACUCGGGUGUCGAGUUGCGGGUGGGUGGCGUGGAUGAUCGAGCACUUUUCGGGGGUCUUCAUGAGCAGGGCUGGUUGCAGAUUCAGACCCCCAGCGUUGCCUGCUUCGAUGCCAAACACCACGAGCUUGCAGCGUGGAAUGCGCUGCAGCUCCGUCAAAUAAAGUACUCUGCCGAUUUCGCCGCGCGCGCGUUGCGACAGCUCCUUCAGACGGGGGUCGAGACUCGCACGGCACCGACACGAGCGUGGGGCCAGCGGAAGUUGGAGUGCCAGCCGAAGUCGCCGGAGCAGGAUAACUCGGCAUUCAGCACUCCGCGGGACAGCAGCUCCGGUAUGGGUGCAGGGUGA